AUGCCUCGCUCUAGCCGAUCCGGUGGCUCUCGUCCUGCAGCUGGUCGCUCUGCGCCCUCUGCGCCCUCGGGCUCGCGAGGUGCGCACACCAUGGCCGCUCCCCAGCAGCACCAGCAGGCACCGCCCCAGGCCUACUCGCAGCAGCCUCCCGCCAUGCAGCAGCAGCGCAGCCCCGGUCUUUUCGGCCAGAUGGCUUCCACCGCCGCUGGUGUCGCCGUCGGCUCCACCGUCGGCCACGGUCUCUCCAACAUGCUCUUCGGUGGCUCCAGCUCCGCCCCGGCUGAGCAGGCUCAGCAGCCCGCUCCCCAGGCUUACGACCAGGGCGCCUACGCUUCGCAGCAGCAGAACAUCGGCGCAAGCUGCGAAUCGCAGAGCAAGGACUUCAUCAAGUGCCUCGAGAGCACAAACGACAUGAACUCUUGCUCGUACUACCUCGAGCAGCUCAAGGCCUGCCAGGCCGCUGCCCGUCCCUACUAA